CCGUCGUCAUUGUAAGCGCGAUUUCGCGGGUGCCGGUGAUCGUACUAGUCCACACUUUUAUAUUUUUCUACUUUUAUAUCUGAUAAUUGUAUAGUUUGUUUAUUUUUUUUUUUUUACUUACAAGUUUAUACUUUCACAUCGGUUUUAAUUGAUACGCUUCUGGUGAGUUUCCAUUAAUCGACCAGCAAUCACGUACCUUAAUUUCGAGUAAAGAAAAAGAAAACGAAACGUCGUCGAAAAGAAAUCAAUGUUGAAUUAAAGUGUCCCGAGUACCGAAAAUAAAAACGAAGCCCAAACAACACUGAUCACAAUGCAUAUUGAAGUUCAAGUAGCGUUGAAUUUUGUCAUAUCGUACCUGUAUAACAAGUUGCCCAGACGACGGGUCAACAUAUUUGGAGAAGAACUGGAAAAAGCCUUAAAAGACAAAUUUCAGGGUCACUGGUAUCCCGAGAAACCGUUCAAAGGAUCGGCUUUCAGAUGUUUAAAGACUGGCGAUCCAAUCGAUAAGGUGUUGGAACGCGCGGCCAGAGAGAGCGGCGUUCCCAUCCAGGACAUCCUGGAGAACCUCCCUCAGGAACUGGCUGUAUGGGUGGACCCUGGCGAGGUCAGCUACAGGAUCGGCGAAAAAGGAGCCGUCAAGGUUUUGUUCAGUGACAAGUCCGACCCACAGGACGAGAACUCCGCGGACCGCGAGGUCACGAAGACCUUCAAUCCGGAAGCCCAGUGCUUCCGUCCCAUCGAAUCGGUCAGCUGCAGCCUCAACCAGCUCAGCCUGUCGCCCAAGAACAUACCGCCGUUCGCCGGCGGUAACGCGGGCCCCGUCGUCGGCGCCCCCAUACCCAACAAUACGUUACCUCAGCAAAACGGAAAUGUACAAAUGCCCAACAACCUGAACCAUCUGACAUCGCACUCGAGCGCCCCAUCGCCCACGCCCUUGGGCGGCCAAAGUUUCAAGGGUUCGCCGUCGCCGGUGCCCGCGUUCAUACCGCGCACCACGACGCCGCUCACCUUCACCACGGCCACUUUUGCUCAAACCAAGUUUGGCAGCACGAAACUCAAGACCAGCAGCAAACGAGCCAAUCGAAUGUCUCCAACAGAAUUCUCCAACUACAUAAAACAGCGGGCCAUGCAGCAGCAGCUCCACCAGCAGCCGCCCCAUCACUCGCCGAACGGGCGCGCCCUCACCCCCGACUCGUCGGCGUACUACUUCCCCCCUCAGGGUCCCUACGCGCCGCAGUUCCCGCCGCGGUCCGUCUACGAGUCUUCCAAUCAGUUCCUGAGUCCCGAGCUGUACUCGGCCAAUGCGCCGACGCCCCUCGCCCCAUACUAUCCGAACAACGGUGCCGUCGGCGCGCCGCCCAGCGCCCCGGCCACACCGCAGGACAACGGCAAGCUGCUCGACAACAACUGGCCAUACCAGACCGCCGGCCAGUACCAGCAUCUGUUGGUCGCCAACUGAGGGUCAUAGACGAUAUCCCUAGAUACUUAAGUGAUUUUACUCUUUUUAAAUUUAAUAUUUUUAUAUCUGGUUGGAAGGGUUUCUGUGCUUGGAGCGAUCGGGUUAUCUUCGACAUCUUACCGAUCCAACUCAAUGAUUUUUUUGGCAAAGAUUGGAAAUUUAGUCUUGGGAUCUGAGUUAAAUCCAUCUCUAUCUAAUUAUCUAUCUAUGAAGACUAAAUUUUUAACUAACUAUGGUCUCUCACCAGAAAACCAUGAAAUCAUUUUUACUACAAACUCUAACUGUAAAAUCAGACAGUCAUAAAAGUGAAUUAGAGGCAUUGUUUCGAUCUUUCCCAAAAAGUCUAUUGUGUUGCCAUCUCUGAGAAAGAAUAAAGUUUAUAACUUUGCGAAUUGUAGAUAAACAACAAUAGAUUAUGUUACUCAGAUGGAGCUGCGGCUGCAACUGAGGACUGUAGAUGUAGUAACUAUGAUCUAAUAAAAUCUAAGAGACCUUGUCUGGUACAGGGUGCGAAACUAAAAUUAGUUUUUAGCUCAAAUUUUUUAUACUUUUUUACUUUUGUUUUAAGUUUAGUGUAAAUAAUUAAGGUAGAUUGAUCUCUAUUUUUUUAAAUAAAUAAAUGUAAAAAUAAUUUAAUUUAUUGAUAAUUUAAAAAAAAAUCGAAGCAGCAUAGAAACUGAAACAUCACAACAAUGUUUUAUUUUAAAAGAGUAAAACCGCUAUUUUAGUAAUAAUCCACAUAAAUUAUUAUACUAUAUAUUAUCUUAUAUAUUAUAAGAAGAACAGAUCCCAGCUUGAUGAUACUUGAUAGAUUUUUUAAAAAUCGUAGUCAUAUAGUGUAUAGGUGUUUCUUACUUACUUUGUAUAUGGUGUUACAGUAUUCAAGUAGUCUAGAGUGUUUUCCGAAAUUUUUUAUAUUGUAUGUAUUUUUUUAUUUUUGUAUAAAAGCUCAAGCUGUUGACAUCUAGUCCCAGAGAUUAUAUAAAUACAUGUAUAUAUUCAAUAAGUGGUUGGCAUAUCAUGUUGGAUCCUACCAAAACAUGUUUAUGUAAUAAAUCCUAUUUAUGUGAUAAUCCACUACAACAUCCAUGGACUGGAACACACUAAUUGCAAAACUUCUCAAUUACACUGAAACCAGACAUCACAGUUCAACUUUUUAUAAGGAGUAGUAAUCGAAAAAUCAUUUGUAAUUGGGUGCAAACAUGCAAUAAAUAAUUGUGAAAAUACUAUAAAUGUGAUAUAUUAAGUCAGUGAAUCGUAGUUAAAAAAUCGUGUGUGGUGGAUGAUCGCAUGAACAUGGAUUAACUUGUCCAUUCAGUAUUUUUGGAUGUCGCAUCCGUUUUGAAUGGGUCCUAGAUGCUUCCUUUUCUCAAAUUAUUAGAAAGAUAACGUGCUAUUUUGUAAUGCUUGAAUUUUUGUUACUUUUUCACUGAUGUUUAUUUUUUAUUUGUAUAAAUUGUUGACUUUAAUAUAAUAUAUAUUUUGUUAUGAGCCAUAGUUUGAUUACACUGUGUUAUUUUUUGUCUAUGUACCUGACAUUGUUAUAAUAUCAUUGUAAUAGAUCAAUUGCUAUUAUAAAUCUAUAGCUAAUUUGUUACUGUAUAUAGAAAAUUCAUUCUUCAACGAAAAAUCAAAAUUAACCAAAGGAAACGCUUAUGUCCUUCGACGGUAUGCACGCUGAUUCACGCCAGCCAAUUUACAUCAGUUUAAACUUCAAAUCUUCCUAUUCAAUCAUGUGCGGGUGGUUUCAGUCUGUAAAUCGCCGGAUCUUAACCAGGUCUUUGAAAAUUUGUGAAAUUUUCAAAAUUGUGAUUGUCAUUGCUUUACAUACAUGACGUGAUUAUUGAGAAUUCUUGGUGAUACGGGAUUACGGAGCUGGACAAAAUGACAGUCAAAACACUUUGAUUUAUUUCAAGGAUGAACACAUCUGUUAGUCCAUGAAAUAAACGGCUGGUGUAAAAAGUCCACGCGACUCUAAACUAUAAAAAAAACUAAACCAGGAUAAAAAGUGGAUCAUCUAAUAAUAUCGAAUAUAUAAAUAAAAUUUAUUUUACUACAUUAAUAAGCAAAAUAUUUUAGCACAAUUUAUAAUUUUAAUAGUAAAAUUGGGUAUAAUUCGUACACUUGACAAGUUACUAGUUAGAUUUUCCCUCCACGUGAUAUAUAGUAUUUUUUUAAGCUUCAAAGGGCGUUCUCCCCAAAAAAUAAGACGCUUGGAAUUUUUCAAAUACGGGAUACGUUUUGCCUUUUAUGGCAAAAACUCAACGGUGUAUGUGUUACCUGUGAAGUCACUAGUUGGUUGAGGUAUUAUUUAUUAUUAAUCUAUGUUAUCAUUUUUCCAAAUAUUACAAAGAAAAUACUAUGAAGAAAAUUAUUUAUUUAAUCAUUAUCAGGCUGUUAAAAAUAUAAAAUAGAUUGGUUCCCAGUUGUAUUAUGAUUUCAGUGUAGUCGAUAUUGGUCACACGUGGAGAUUGUAGUAUUUAUUUGUAAUUAAGCAAAUGAUAAUGACGUCACAAAUGAUUGAAAGAUAAUACCUCACUUAUAAUCUAGUCGCAAGCUACACGAUGUACAUGAUUCAUAUUAUAGAUAUUACUCAAUUAUUUUGUAUACUUGCUUGUAAGUAUUUGCAUUUUAUCUAAGAAUUGUAAAUAAUCCUAGUUAAAUGUUUAUAUUUCAUGUAUAAUUCUUGUACUCGUAUAUACACUAUUCUAGUAGACAUUUUAUAGUUGAAUUUUUAUGCCAAUUUUUACUGGCAACAACAAAUGGUUACAAAAUAUUCGUGGACGGAUUACAAGGAUUUUGCGUCAAAUUCAAAACAAUUCGGUUGCAUUUAUUUAAUAUGUCAUAAGUCACACGCAAUAUUAUACUAAA